AUGCUGCAUUUUUUACUUUAUGCUUUACUUAUAGCAUCAUAUGUCUUUGCUGAUAUCAAUAUUCUUGCUCCAGUCAAAGAUGCCACAUUCUCUCCAGCUGCAGGUGCCACUGCCGUGUCUAUCGAACUAGAAUGGAUCGAUAGUGGUUCAUAUCCAACAAUGAAUGAUAUUACCUAUUUGAGUUUUGUUUUAGAGCAAGGUCCUAAUAGUUCUAUAGAACCAGUUGGCACUUUAGCUCAAAAGAUUCCUCCAUCUGCUGUUACAAAGGAUUCAAGUAAUAAUUACUUCUAUACAGUUACCGUUGACGGCACUCUUAUUGGUGAUGGCCAAUAUUAUAUUCAAAUCUAUGCUGUUGUGGAUGGUGCUGGUAAUACAAUCCAUUAUACUCCACGUUUUACUUUAAAAGGGAUGAAGGCUGCUAAAUCAAACACUUAUACAGAUACUGUGGAACCAACUCCACAAACAGCUAUCAACAUUAAUACAGAUAUUACUACGACAGCCCCAACCGAAGUUAUCGAUACUUCAGCUUCCUUUUCUGUUCCUUAUUAUUCACAAACUGGUUCUGCUCGUUUUGCUCCAAUGCAAACCCCACCUGGAAGUUUAAUUACAGCUACUAGUUGGUCUCGUCGUUUUCCAACUUCAGAGGUUACCUACUAUGGGUCUCAUAGAAACUCAUUGGAUCAAAUAACCACAGUUACUCAAGGUUGGUCAGGAUCUCUUACUUCUGAUUAUAAUUACGCUACUCCUGCAUUACAUCCAUCUGAUAACGGUGGGUGGUAUAACCCUCGUGAUAGAAUUUCUUUAUCAGUAAGAAAAUUAAACCGUAAAUCAUAA